UCAAGACCGUUCAAGUGAGUCAUCCGCCGCCAAACCCAGCCCAGCACAGCACCGCCACGCCACAGGAGAACAGCAAGGAGAAGACGGACAGCGAGGAAGAAACACCGGGGCAAUGUCUGCGUCCUGACGAUAAACCAGUUGGACGGCCGAGAAUGGCAUCAGCAAUGCUGCCGGUCGAGCACGUCUUCGGAGCUGUCGCGGAGGGACAAUGCUGGCUGUGGGGGUGUUGUGGCUGGGAUGUUUGGAGAGUGCAAGGGGCGUCGUGCUGACGUCGAAUCGUAGAAUGUCUCGUUUCACCGAGUACUCUGUUGUGGGCCGAACCCUCCCUACCGAGGCGGACCCCGCCCCCAAGCUCUACCGAAUGAGGAUCUUCGCCCCCAACGAGGUUGUCGCCAAGUCCCGAUACUGGUACUACCUUCGUCAGUUGAAGAAGGCCAAGAAGGCCAACGGAGAGAUUGUUGCCCUCAACAUCAUCCACGAGAAGAAGCCCUUGAAGGUCAAGAACUUUGCCAUCUGGCUCCGAUACGACUCUCGAUCCGGUACCCACAACAUGGUCAAGGAGUUCCGAGCCCUCUCCCGAGCCGAGGCCGUCGAGUCCAUGUACCAGGACAUGGCUGCCCGACACCGUGCCCGAUUUAGGAACGUCCAGAUCCUCCGUGUCGCCGAGAUUGAGAAGACCGAGGACAUCAGGAGGCCUUACAUCAAGCAGCUCCUCACCCCCGGUCUCAAGUUCCCCCUCCCCCACCGAAGGACCAAGUCCAAGGCUUGGUACGCCGCCAACAGGCCCGUGAGUAUCAUCUCGAUCAACAAAAUACCAAAUACUGACCAUCAUCAGUCUACCUGGGCUUAAGCUUGUUGUCCUGUCUCGGCACGUAUUGGAAGUGCUGUGUAGGAUGGCGGCUUGUACUCGUUAGGUUUGAUGUAGCGACAUGAAACCUUGCAUUCUCAACUGGGCUGUUGCAGCAUUGGGUGUCGUCAGAGAAUACCUGUUACUGAUUAAGCAGCCGCGAUCAUCUCUCCGACCUCGAUGCCAACACAUGAUACAGACACUGCGGACACAUCACCAUCUCUAUUCAAACCGUCAACUUUCGCUCUUCAUCCUUCAUUCGGAUCUGCCACCCCGUCCUAGCCCUCGCAUCCCACACCUUGCCGCCCUGCAAUUCGUUCCGACUUCUUUCGCGACCUGUGCCAUUUCAGGUGCCGGAGGGUUGUGUAGCUGAAAACACCUCUCGCAUGCAUAAAGUACGAUUGUUCUAGGCGCUCUUGCAACUGUGGAGCCAUUGCGCUAGCCAUCUCGUUUCGUCA